AAGAUAAGAAUUCGACAAGAUAGAAGAUUAUGAAGGGCAAAAAUCGUUCUUAAUCCAUCUUCCCAGACUGUGAAAUACCUUCUCCUCACUUCAGUGUUGAUAACAUGUUACAACUGGAAAUUUAAAAACUUUCUAGAAAGAAGCAAAAGAAAACUGCAAAUGCCCCAGAAUGCUAAUUCUCGUUAAUUACUGUCAGCGUAUCAGUGUAAAUCCUCCUCCUCUUUCUCUUUGCGUAGAUAUCUUUCCUGUUUUGUGUAUAUGUGCGCGCAUGCACACUCUUUUAAAAAUAAAAGUAGGAUCUCUUGUACUUUUGUCCGUUAUUACCUCAUCAUGAACAUCAUCACCUGAGAUGUGGACCUUUGCACAGUAGCAGAGAAAAUCUUAGCUGAGGUGACAAGGUAACUGUUGAGAACACUGCCCUUGGGAGGCGGUCCUGACUCUAGUCCACCAUGGGUCUUCCUCAGCUUCAGAGCUGUGGGGGAUCUGGGCCAGGAAAGCCAUCUCUCAUUCGACCAGAAGCAAGUUGUUACUUCCCAGUCUGUGCAAGUCACCUUCUCUCAGAGCAGGGUAUCCUGCCAGUGGGGCCUUCCAGGGCUCAGGGAAUCAGUCCUUUUGGUAAGACAGAAGACCGGACACUUCCGUACGUAUAAAAUGACUUUCAUUGUUUUUGUUCCUAGGGAGUGGCUUUAUUUAUUGUGCCAUGAAAUGUUGAAUCCGUACUAUGGACUCUUCCAAUAUUCUACGGACAACAUUUACAUGUUGCAGAUCAACCCAGACUCUUCAAUCAACCCCGACCAUCUGUCUUAUUUCCAUUUUGUGGGCCGGAUCAUGGGUCUCGCCGUGUUCCACGGCCACUACAUAAAUGGGGGCUUCACGGUUCCCUUCUAUAAGCAGCUACUGGGGAAACCCAUCCAGCUCUCGGAUUUGGAGUCGGUGGACCCAGAAUUACAUAAGAGCUUAGUAUGGAUUCUAGAGAACGAUAUCACCCCUGUGCUGGACCACACUUUUUGUGUGGAACACAAUGCUUUCGGGAGGAUUCUUCAGCAUGAAUUGAAACCCAAUGGCCGAAACGUUCCUGUCACAGAGGAGAACAAGAAAGAAUAUGUCCGGUUGUAUGUAAACUGGAGGUUCAUGAGAGGGAUCGAAGCGCAGUUCUUAGCUCUUCAGAAAGGGUUUAAUGAACUCAUUCCUCAACACUUGCUGAAGCCUUUUGACCAGAAGGAACUAGAGCUGAUCAUUGGUGGCCUGGAUAAAAUCGACGUGAGCGACUGGAAGUCCAACACUCGGCUGAAGCACUGUGUGGCCGACAGCAACAUCGUCCGGUGGUUCUGGCAGGCUGUGGAGACCUUCGACGAGGAGAGGAGGGCCAGACUCCUGCAGUUCGUGACCGGGUCCACUCGGGUCCCUCUCCAAGGCUUCAAGGCUUUGCAAGGUUCUACAGGCGCAGCAGGGCCCCGGCUCUUCACCAUCCACCUGAUCGACGCCAACACAGACAACCUUCCGAAGGCCCACACCUGCUUUAAUCGGAUUGACAUUCCACCUUAUGAAUCGUAUGAGAAGCUCUAUGAGAAGCUGCUGACGGCUGUGGAGGAGACUUGUGGCUUUGCUGUGGAGUGAAGAGCAACCAAAGGCAACAGAUUCUAGCUCAUGACCACCAGACCAAAAGCAAGCUUUCUGUGUGCCUCCUACGCAGCUGGCUGAGGCCUGGGAACCCCAGAUCACUGGAGGGAAAGAGUUGUCUCCCCUCCUUUUGGGGAGGGGGGUAGGGGGACUUUGGUUGGUGGCUCCCACCCAUACUUUCCUCCUUUAUGACAGUACUCCCACCCCCUUCCAUCACCCAUCCAAUAAAAUGCAGCCAGGUUUAGCACUUGGCUUCGGUCACACAGGA